AUGAGCGGCGAGACGCGGCGGCGCCGGGAGCGGCGGGCGUGGGCGCUGCCCAUCGUCGCGUCCGUCGUCGUCGCGGCGUCCGUCGUCGCCUGGCGCGGCGGCGCGAUCGCGAAGCGCCGCACGGCGGCGCUCUCGACCCUGAGCCGGUCCGACGACGACGACGCGGCGGCGUCGAAGCACGGCAGCAAGCGCGACGGCGACGACGCGGGCGACGACGCGGCGGCGUCGAAGCACGGCGGCAGGCGCGACGGCGACGACGCGGGCGACGACGCCGCGACGAACACCGCGGACGACGACGCCGGCGCCGACGACGCCGCGGGCGUCGGCGGCGGCCCGGAUCCCGAGGACCCGCCGCACCUCGUGCUCAUCCUCGCGGACGACAUGGGCUACAACGACAUCGGCUACAACCGGGCGCCGCACCAGACGAACCAGGUGUCGACGCCCUUCCUGGACGAGCUCGCGUCCGAAGGGGUCACGCUCACGCGCUACUACACGCAGUGCGACUGCUCGCCGAGCCGCGGCGCGCUGCUGACGGGCCUCUACCCGGCGUCGACGGGCCUCUAUCACGGCGUCAUCGUCACCCAGAGCCACUGGGGUCUGCCCCUCGAGUACCACCUCAUCCCCCAGUUCCUGCCGUCGCGGUACCGGAGCCACGCGAUCGGCAAGUGGGACGUGGGCCACUACACGUGGAACCACGUGCCCACGGGCCGGGGCUUCCACUCCUACGUCGGUUUCUAUGGGACGGACAUCGAUUAUUACACGCACGAGAUCGGCGCGGGCUGCAACUCCUACAACUGCAGCUCCGCGAUCAAGCGGUGCAUGAACGACAGCAUCACGGACCUCAACUACGACGGCGCGGCCACGGGCGACGAGUACUACAACCGCUACUCCACGGACAUCUUCACGGACCGCGCCGUCGAACUGCUGCGGACGGAGAGCGCGAGGAACCCCCUGUUCCUCUACGUCGCGUUCAACGCCGUGCACGGGCCCCUCGAGGCCGACGACGCGACGAUCGACCGCUUCAACGCCAGCUUUUUAUACGAGGCGCGCACGGAGCGCGCGACCUUCGCCGCGGCGGCGCUCCUCAUGGACCGGGCCGUCGAGUCCAUCGUCAAGACCAUGCACGCGGUCGGCGCGUACGACAACUCGAUCGUGCUCUUCGCGAGCGACAACGGCGCGACGCUCGCGCAGACGGGCGGCGGCUCGAACUGGCCCCUGCGGGGCUCGAAGUUCACGCCCUACGAGGGCGGCGUGCGCGUCCCCGCCUUUUUGCACUCGCCGCUCCUCGGGAGCGGCCGCCGCGGCAUCACGCACGCGGGUUUAUUCCACGUCACGGACAUCCUGCCGACGCUCGUCCACGCCGCCGGCGGGUCGCCGCCGUCGGACAUCGACGGCGUCAACCAGUACCACGCCCUCUUCGGCUCCGACGCCACGGCGUCGAGCCCGCGGGCCGACGUUCUCGUGCACGUCGACGUCUACGGCUACGAGACGGAGGCCAUGGGCCUCGCGACGGGCGCCUACAUCGAGGGCGACCUCAAGGUCGUCGUCAACGCCACGGAGGCGACGUGGUGCGCGCCGGACUCGGAGACGUACCGCUACGCGGACGAGUGCUGGGACCUGCCCGCGACGUACUGCGACAAGGUCGCGGAGAACAAGAGCGGCUACGCGGCCUACUUCCACAAGACGUACCUCUUCGACCUGAGCGUCGACCCGGAGGAGCAGCACGACCUCAAGGACGCCAUGCCCGCCAAGUUCCGGAAGCUCUACGCGGCCUUCCAGGCCCACGUCGACGACCUCCACGCGAUGGAGUACAAGAACACGUGCACGAAGAGCGACGACUGCGACGAGGUCUACAUGCGCUGGAUCGACAACGGCUGCGUCGUGAGCCCCUGGGGAGACACGUUCUAG